GUGCACGCCGUUGAUGAUUUGGUCAAACACCGAGAUCCACCAUUAAACAAAGUACAUUUUUUAAACGACAAAUAUAAGAUCUACAAUAUGUCAAAUCACGUGUUUUAUUGGCUCUAUACUAGAGAACAGACCAAAGGUCAACUUUUAAACAGAAGUGAUCCAAACAUGAUAAAAUCGACUAACUUCAAUGCCGAAAAUCCAACGAAAAUUCUUGUACACGAUUGGCUUGGAAGUUUUUUCCAGAAAGAAUGCUUUUGCACACAUAUAGCAAAAGCUUAUUUUAAGGUGGGACUGUACAACGUGAUUUGCGUGGAUUGGAUGCAGUUCUCUUUUGAUAUCUUGUAUGAAUCGGCAAAAAUCAAUUCUAAAUACAUCGGUUAUGAUAUAGCUAAUGUUUUGAAGAUUUUAACAAACAACAUGAGCGUAGGGUCUGAAAAUAUUCAUUUGAUUGGUCACGGUUUGGGAGCCCAUAUUGUUGGUUAUACUGGGAAAAAGUUAAGCGGUAAAAUAUCUCGAAUAACUGGAUUAGAUCCUGUUAGACCACAAUACGAAAAUAUUGGUCCAGAGUACAUGAUCGAUAAAAGUGACGCGAACUUCGUAGACAUCAUUCAUACAAACGGAAAUAGUCUCGGGUUGAUCAAGCCGCUAGGUCAUAUCGAUUUUUACCCAAACGGAGGAGUAGCACAACUGAAAUGCAAAAAAGUAGAUACAGCUUCCGGUGGUGCUUGCAGUCACGCCAAAGCUUUCGAGUAUUUUGCUCACUCCAUUUUGGUUAAAAACGAUUUCAAAGCACUAAAAUGUACUCAAUGGAGCGAGUACCAAGAAGACAAAUGUGGUGAAUUUGUUGAAAGUACAUACAUGGGUGAACACGUGGACAAAAAACAAAAUGGAAGUUAUUUUUUAUCGAUCUGAUUCAACUGGGUACUAUAUCAUAAUAAAUAAUUAUUACUCAGUGGACGCGUUGGAUCMGACACUUUKACCUGAACAAAUAUAAUAUAGAAGCAUUGCAAUUGAAAUACCGGUUGUAACGACAAUUGUAAACCGACAUACGUGAAUACGUAACCACUAACCGGUGUUGAGUGUUAAUAAACAGUGUGAUUACAUAUUA